UGGCAUGGCAUGGCAUGGCAGCAGAAAAUGGAAGCUCUGCUGCAGAUUGGACUGCACGCAACUUUAGGAUGAGAACGUUAUUGGGAUGGGGGAAGGAGAGAGCAUAAAGGUCGGAAGGAGCCAAAGACCGAAGAUAACUCUUCCAUCGACUCCCAAAAUCGCCUCUUGAUUCCGCUCUCUCGCAAUCAAACGACAUCCGACGCCGUCCCGUAGCUUCUAUCAGACCAUGAGCUGGUUCUUGCUCCGCAGAGGACUGAGGGUCGGGGCUCCCCUGACGGCUCUCGGUCGGCUUUCUUCACUCAAUCCAUCGAGAUCUCUCUCGUCUUUAUCUUUUGCAACGGUAGAAGUUGAAGAGAUGUCGGGUACUCAACCGGCUGAAGUACAUAACUUUGUGCAGGGAAAAUGGACUAAAUCUUCAAAUUGGAACAGAAUUGUGGAUCCAUUGAAUGGAGAACCUUUCAUUAAAGUUGCUGAUCUAAAUGAAACAGAGAUACAGCCUUAUGUAGAGAGCUUGGCCAAGUGCCCCAAGCAUGGUCUACAUAAUCCCUUCAAGGCGCCAGAGAGGUAUCUUUUAUAUGGAGACAUAUCGACUAAGGCAGCCCACAUGCUUUCUCUGCCAAAGGUUUCUGACUUUUUCGCUCGGUUAAUACAAAGAGUUUCUCCAAAGAGUUAUCAGCAAGCUCUUGGCGAAGUCUAUGUUACCCAGAAAUUCCUGGAGAACUUCUGUGGCGAUCAGGUUCGUUUUCUGGCAAGGUCAUUUGCAGUUCCAGGGAAUCAUCUUGGACAGCAGAGUCAUGGUUUCCGCUGGCCUUAUGGUCCCGUUGCCAUCAUCACUCCUUUCAACUUUCCGAUUGAGAUCCCUGUUCUUCAGUUGAUGGGUUCUCUUUAUAUGGGUAACAAACCCGUCCUUAAAGUUGACAGUAAGGUCAGUAUAGUUAUGGACCAGAUGAUACGAUUGCUUCAUCACUGUGGAAUGCCCGUGGAAGACGUUGACUUCAUUAAUUCUGAUGGGAAGACGAUGAAUAAGCUUUUAGCAGAGGCAAAGCCACGCAUGACUCUUUUCACCGGCAGCUCCAGAGUGGCCGAAAAGUUAGCAGUUGAUCUGAAUGGUCGGAUCAAGUUGGAAGAUGCAGGGUUUGACUGGAAAAUUCUGGGGCCCGAUGUUCAUGAGGUGGACUAUGUGGCAUGGGUAUGUGAUCAGGAUGCAUAUGCAUGCAGUGGUCAGAAAUGCUCGGCGCAGUCCAUAUUAUUCAUGCAUGAGAACUGGUCGAAAGCUUCCCUUGUAGAUAAAAUGAAAGAUCUAGCAGGGAGAAGGAAGUUGGAGGAUCUGACCGUUGGCCCUGUUCUUACAUUUACGACAGAAGCAAUGUUAGAUCACAUGAAUAGAUUGCUGGAGAUUCCAGGCUCGAAGGUUCUCUUUGGUGGCAAGGCUUUGGAGAACCACUCUAUACCAAAGAUAUAUGGUGCGGUGAAACCCACAGCAGUUUAUGUGCCACUAGAAGAAAUUCUGAAGGAAAAGAAUUUCGAGCUCGUCACAAGAGAAUUAUUCGGACCGUUUCAGGUUGUAACGGAGUACAAGGAUGAUCAACUGCCUAUGGUGCUCGAUGCCCUCGAGAAGAUGCACGCGCAUUUAACAGCAGCAGUGGUUUCAAACGAUCCUCUGUUCCUUCAGGAAGUUAUCGGGAAGUCGGUGAAUGGAACAACUUAUGCUGGGUUGCGAGCUAGAACGACAGGGGCACCACAGAACCACUGGUUUGGACCUGCUGGAGACCCGAGAGGAGCUGGAAUAGGGACCCCUGAGGCGAUAAAGCUCGUUUGGUCUUGUCAUAGGGAGGUCAUCUAUGAUUUCGGGCCUAUCCCGAGAGGCUGGGAAGUUCCACCAUCGACAUAACUCUUAACCCGGAGAGGAUGAAAUGGGUGCAGGAAGCUGCGUAGCUCUAUUCGACAGGUACAGGGGUAGCUGAUGCGGUUGUGCUCUGCAUAUUAUCAGUUGAAAGCUGAGAAAAUUUUGACAAGCCACAUGAAUCAUCAUUGAAUCCCCCCAUACUCAUGUAGUUUCAAGUUCCCGCAUGAAGGCGAAUCCAAUGUAUGAGAUCGUAUAACUGCGAAUCAGCUGAUUUCUGAAUAAAAUCCAAAUGCACGAGCGCGAAGCAUCGAAUAAUUCAACUGCUGUUGACUUGCUUCGGACCCGCUCGAUGAAACUA